CUGGUUGCGAACAAACAUGGUCAAGUUGUACAAAUUAGACGCGAGCCCACCGGCUAGGGCGUGCAUGGUUGCUUGUGAGCUGUUCAGCGUCCCCGUUGAGCUGAUCGAGGUUGAUUUUGGGGAGGGAGAGCAUUUAAAACCCGAAUAUUUGAAGAAAAAUCCUUUACAUACCGUACCUGUUCUGGAAGACGGCAGUGUGGUCAUAAACGACAGCCAUGCCAUCUUAAUGUACCUCGCAGAUGUAUACGGCGAGCAAGAAUCCUUCUACCCGAAGGACCCGAAACAGAGGGCUCUCGUCAACCAGAAACUCUUCUUCAACAGCACCAUUUUGUUCAUCAGGCUGCGAAACAUAUCGUUCCCCCUAUUCAUGGAAGGAAUCACGGAGAUCCCUAAAAAGAAGCUCGACGCCAUCGAGGAGGCGUACGGCUUCCUUGAGGAGUUCCUGACCCGGACCAAGUAUCUGGCUGGUGAUAAUAUCACCAUAGCCGACAUUGCGGCGUACGCUACAGUCACUGGGCUCGUUGUAAUUCUGGAGCACAACGCUCAAAAAUACCCUAAAACGCAGGCGUGGCUAAAGGAUCUAGAAAAACUCCCAUACGUUCAAAAGGGCAACGCAAAAGGUGCCGAGGAGUAUAGGCAGUUGGUUAAAUCCAAACUUGGUUAAGCUUUAACAGAUCCAAUGGAGUGUUCUGUUUUGUGCGUAAU